GGGCACCAACUACAUUCAUCUUCUUUGCGUCUGCCCUUUCCUGUUAUAGCUUUCGGUGAACAAUUGAGUAGAGAUACAGAUGGAAGUUUGAGCACAGUGGAAACUUUGGCUUCUACAGCACUAUGUGGCAUCAUACACUCGAUCCUUGGCGGGCAACCUCUUCUGAUAUUGGGAGUUGCAGAACCAACUGUUAUAAUGUACACUUAUUUGUACAACUUUGCUAAAGGAAGGGAAGAUUUGGGAAAGGAACUGUACUUGGCUUGGGCUGGAUGGGUCUGCAUCUGGACAGCUCUCUUGCUGUUUCUUCUAGCAAUAUUCAAUGCUUGCACUAUUAUCAACAGAUUUACAAGAAUUGCUGGUGAGCUUUUUGGCAUGUUGAUUGCUGUUCUGUUCAUUCAAGAAGCCAUCAAGGGAAUGGUGAGUGAGUUUCAAAUUCCAAAAGCAGAAGAUAGUAAAUCAGAGAAGUAUCAAUUUCAAUGGCUUUACACUAAUGGAUUAUUGGGGGUUAUUUUUACUUUUGGCCUUCUCUAUACUGCUUUGAAGAGUAGAAAAGCAAGGUCAUGGCAAUAUGGUACAGGCUGGUUUAGGAGUUUCAUUGCGGACUAUGGUGUGCCAUUGAUGGUCUUAUUGUGGACAGCAUUGUCAUUUAGCAUGCCUAAAGAAAUUCCAAAAGGUGUUCCCAGAAGGCUCUUUAGCCCUCUCCCGUGGGAGUCUACAUCAGUAGGCCAUUGGAGUGUUAUAAAGGAUAUGUGGAAGGUGCCUCCGAUUUACAUCUUUGCUGCCUUUAUUCCUGCUCUGAUGAUUGCUGGGCUUUACUUUUUCGACCACAGUGUUGCAUCACAAAUGGCACAGCAAAAGGAGUUCAAUCUUAAGAACCCUUCAGCUUACCACUAUGAUAUCUUGUUGCUGGGAUUUAUGACAUUGCUUUGUGGAUUGAUUGGUUUGCCUCCUUCAAAUGGGGUCCUCCCACAGUCCCCAAUGCACACUAAGAGCCUUGCUGUUUUCAAGAGACAGUUGAUACGAAAGAAGAUGGUAGAAAGUGCCAAGGAAGGCAUAAGGCAGGAAGCUAGCAACUCAGAAAUCUAUGGCAAGAUGCAAGCCGCGUUCAUCGAAAUAGAUAGCAGUUCAUUUGGUGAGACGACUUCUAUUGUAGUCAGAGAGUUGCAAGAAUUAAAGGAUGCAGUUAUGAAAGGUGAAAAUGAAGGUGAAAAUGCAAACCAUACGUUUGACCCUGAGAAGCACAUUGAUCCUUACCUGCCUGUCAGAGUCAAUGAACAGAGAGUCAGCAACCUGUUACAGUCACUCCUAGUGGCAGCAUCAGUAUGUGCAGUGCCAGCAGUAAAGCUUAUACCAACGUCAGUGCUUUGGGGAUAUUUUGCUUACAUGGCCAUUGACAGUCUUCCUGGUAAUCAAUUCUGGGAAAGAAUGCUUCUGCUUUUCAUUUCACCAAGCAGGCGAUACAAGGUCUUAGAGGAGGAUCAUGCUUCCUUUGUGGAGUCAGUACCACACAAAUAUAUAGUUGCGUUUACUCUCUUCCAGUUCAUUUACUUGCUGGUCUGUUUUGGGGUGACAUGGAUUCCUAUAGCUGGAAUUUUGUUUCCCUUGCCCUUCUUCCUCCUCAUCACCAUAAGACAGUACUUGCUCCCCAAGAUUUUUACUCCACAUCAUCUCCGGGAACUGGAUGCUGCUGAAUACGAGGAGAUCACCGGAACUCCAAGACUCUCUGCGGACAGGGAAACUCCUCGUCUUGGAACCGAGGAAUGCGAAGUUGAUGGUGGGGAGAUACUGGAUGGAUUAACAACUAGCAGAGGAGAGUUUAAAAUCAGAACUGUGAGUUUCAGUGAUGAAAAGCGCGGUCAGGUUUAUCCUGAGGAUAUUAUAGACUGAAAUGUUGAUGAUAGAACUACCAAGAUCCUUGAUGAAGGCAAAGAAACAUGAAAACUGAAAAAAUUGUAACAAAUUACAAUAUGAAAUGGGGGAAUUUCAAGUUCUUACACUCCCC